AUGAAGGGAAAUCGCCAGCAUCUACUAAGUCUAGGUCGCAGAAGUCAGCAACGCACGAAGACGCUGUUUCGGGCGCUCGAAGAGGGCGACGUUGCCACGAUGAAUCUGAUGCUCAAGGAGGGCGGCCUGCGGAUCAACGAUCGCUCAGAAGGGCAAACUCUUCUACAUAUCGCCGUCCUUCAUGGACGCUGCAUCACGGUCAUCCGGCGUCUCGUUCGAGCAGGGUGUCUCAUCAACUCCACCGGCCCCACGGGAGACACGGCUCUACACCUGGCAGUUCAAUACCAUAGAAUCCACAUCGCCGUUGAGCUGAUAAGGCUUGGCGCCAACGUUCACGCUACAAACAAUCAUGGCGAAACUGUACUCCAACUUGCAGUGGCCAACAAAAGUCACGUGGACUUACUCGCAGAGAUGAUACCAAAUGGUGAACGGUAUCGUGAGCAGAGAUUUUAUGGGAUAGCCUCCCUCCGUUUGGCUACUGCAGCGGAGUGGAGGCCACGUGACUGGAUUCCGGCGCUCGUCUCAAGCUACAGAGGCGAGACUAUCUACAGCGAAGAGUUGCGAAGACUCGUGAAAAUACUGCUGGAUACUGGCGCGGACGUCGACGCCACCGACGUGAACGGCUGCUCGCCGAUCCAGAGCGCCGUGUAUACUGGUGAUGUCAAACUUGUCAAAACUCUCAUCGACGCUGGUGCCGACUUAGAUAACCAGAAUCGCCUAGGUGCCACGGCACUUCAUGAUGCGAUUCUUUGCGGUAGUGAGGAAAUGGUCCAACUGCUGUUGACCCAUGGAGCUCGCGUUGACAUUGAAAUCAAAAAUCAAAGCGACACGGCCCUGCACUGGGCCUUGUAG